CAUUUCACAACCCAAAUAUCUACUACAUUGAUCCCACACUCCUCCUAGGCUAAACCCAGUUAAUUUCUUCUUAAUACACAAUCAUGGGUGUCACCACUUAUACCCAAGAAGACGCUUGUUCCGUUGCUCCUUCCCGGAUGUUCAAGGCUUUGAUCCUUGACUCCCACAAUCUCAUCCCCAAAAUUGCGCCUCAAUCCAUCAAGAGCAUUGAGUUUGUUCAUGGAGAUGGUGGAGUUGGAAGCAUCAAACAGACCAACUUCCCUGAUGCUGCCCCCUUCAAGUAUGUGAAACAUAGGAUUGAUGCUCUGGACACAGCCAAUUUUUCAAGCAAGUACACUGUGAUUGAAGGAGAUGUGUUGGGCGACAAGCUCGAAUCUAUCACUUAUGAGGCAAAGAUCGAGGCCGGCCCCGGUGGCGGAAGCGUGUGCAAGUUGACAAGUUAUUACCACACUAAGGGUGACAUUGAAAUCAAACCAGAGGAACUCAAAGCUGGCAAAGACAAAGCCACUGAAAUGUUCAAGAAAGUGGAGGAGCACUUGCUGGCACACCCACAACUAUAUGCUUAAGUCAAGCACUGUACGCCUGUCUUCAGUGUUACUCCGUCCCCUACCUCCACCUAUGUAUUAUCUUUCUUUUGUCAUGCAAGUUUAAGGAGUGGUUUCUAAUCAUUCUGGAAAAAAUAAUUUUCCCAGUAAAAAUGAGGAAGAUGGAGUGCUGUAAUAAAGUUUGGUGAGAAAGACUAAUAAAUUGUGAUAUCUGUUCUGUUUUAAA